CUUCCAGUGUCCUUCUUUAUUUUAAGUUUUCCUUCUAAUAGACAUAGAACAAUAUUUUAUAGAACGGUUCGAGUGAUAAUGACAGAUAUAGAUGGGGUUAUUUACUUAUCGGACGAUAGUGAUAGUGAAGGGAACAUAGGAUCGGAGCCUAGUACCAAACCGGUGGAAAGCAGAAAUAGGCCCAAACCCAGCAGUAAUGGAAGCUCAAGACGUCUUGGUGGAUUAAGUGAGCUAACAGGGUCUCUAUCUUCAGGUAGAUUAGGCUCUUCGGGGAAUGGCAUAUCUUCCAAGCGGCUAAGACUCGAUUCCUUAUACCCAAAAUCCCAGAGCUCUUUCACCAAAGAUGCAUCUUCUAAAGAUACACAUGAUCCAUUGCUAAAACUAAAAAGCCAACUUCCUGACCGGCCAAAGUUUGGGUUUCCUCAACACCAAAUCAAAAAUCCGCCCAGAACCAAUCAUCAAUCUAAAGACCAAGAUCAUAAUUCUACACUGACCAGCCCGCUUGAACACCAAGUACUGGAGUCACCCAUCGUGAUAAGUUUACUGAGUGAUGAAGAAGAAUUGACCUCGCCGUCAAAUGCUAAUCUGGCACAGGUUUCUGGUGAAGAUAGAGUUCAUUCUUCAGAACAGGUUAACAAUAAAGAAACCCAGCAUACAAAACCCUCAUACGAUCCUUUAUAUUUAUCACGAAUAGAGAAAACACCGCAAAAUUCUAGUCUACCAUUUCAAGUUGAGUCAGAUUCCGAAGAUGAAAUCAUGGAGCUAGAUCCUGAAGAAGCUAGUAAAACUGGUCUUUUCAAUAAGCCAUCUUCAUUUGAUCAAGAUAUCGUCAUGGAAGAUGCUUCAACAGACAAUCCUCAACAAAAUGAAAUGAAUCCACAUAACUCAAUACAGGUCAUCAAUGGCGAUAACAAUAACCCCAAUAACUCAUCUGCAGUUCGUAGCAGACAACUUUUCACCCUUGAUACUCAAAUUAACUUCCAGAGAGGUAAAUACGAUGUUGUGAAUUCGGCUUGUGUAAAGAUUGCUGAUGAUUUGAAAACUUACAUCAACCAACUUAACGAAUCUAAAGAAAAGCUAGAGAGCAAGUCUCGUAAUUUGUCAGCUCUUGGUACUACUGACGAUCCUCAGAGAGGACGACUUUUAACCGACCUUAAAAUGGAAUCGCUCAAUUUCGAGCAUCGUCGACGUGUCUUGGAGGAUGCUACUUCAAGUCUUAAUUUCAAACGAAGAGAACGUGAUUCAAUCUUUGAAAGUAUUCGACAAUUGACAGAAAACAGAAACUGGCUAAUAGCAAAUAAUGGACCGUUACCUGAGGUUCCAAAUAACUUUUUCCAGUACUCGGUGCCGGGAUCAUCGUCCAUGGGCGGUGGUCAACUCGGAUUCUCCCACAACAUUUACUCAGCACCUUCGGCGCCUCAAUCUAAUGACGAUGUUGAUCUUCUAGAAUUAUUGAAUAGUAUACAACCGGUGGAGAUAGAAGAAACAGAUUUACCUCUUACUCCACAAGAACUUAGUGUGAACCUUUUGAAACACCAAAGGCUAGGCUUAAACUGGCUUUUGAAGAAUGAAAAAGCAAAAAGAGGUGGUAUAUUGGCUGACGAUAUGGGUUUGGGUAAGACAAUUCAGGCUAUUGCUUUAAUGAUGGCAAAUAAGUCAAGUGACGAAAAUUGUAAAACAAAUCUAGUCGUAGCACCUGUUUCCUUGUUAAGGCAAUGGGCUGCUGAAGUAGAGUCUAAACUCAAACCUACUGUGAAAGUAAAGAUUGGAAUAUUUCAUGGUAAUGAAAAAAAAUUCAUGAAAACUUUUAAACUCAUGAAAAAAUUUGAUGUUGUAAUGGUCUCUUAUGCAACGCUAUCCUCAGAGUAUAAGAAACAUUAUAAAGAUGUUUUGGAAGACUUCAAAGUCAGCAGGCAUCAAGAUGCAAUUCCAAAUCGUGGUUCAGGAGGGAAAGACUAUACAUCUCCAUUCUUUUCAACCGACUCGAAUUUUUACAGAAUCAUCUUGGAUGAAGCUCAAAACAUCAAAAAUAAGCUUUCUAUUGCCUCAAAAGCAUCAUCUUUAUUACAUUCAACUUAUAGGCUUUGCUUAUCUGGUACACCAAUGCAAAACAAUCUAGAUGAAUUAUAUCCAUUAUUGCGCUUUUUGAGAAUUAAGCCCUAUAUGGAUGAAGCAAAAUUCAAAGUUGAUCUUUCUGUUCCUCUCAAAUCUAAGUCAGGUUGCUAUGAUGAUACUGACAAAAAUAAUAGUUUGAAAAAGAUUAGAGCCUUGUUGAAUGUGGUGUUGUACAGGAGAAAUAAAGACUCAAAGAUUGAUGGUAAGCCAAUUCUCAAUCUUCCCGCUAAGCAUAUGCAUCCUCUAUUUUCUGUAAUGGACGAAGAAGAAAUGGAAUACUACCGCAAUUUGGAAUCGGGUAUUCAAUCCAAGGCUAAGAGGUUAUUGAAUACAAAAGCUAGAGGUAUGAGCUCUAACAUUUUGACUUUACUUUUGCGUUUAAGACAGGCCUGUAUCCAUAGCUUUCUCGUUGAAAUUGGUGAAAUGAACUCCGCAGAGAAAGAUCAGACUUUAGCUAAAACCAGUAAUUCAUGGCAGUUGAUGUAUACGCAAGUGAAACUGUUUGAUCAUCAAACUGUGCAAAGGAUCAAAGCUGAAUUACACGGUGGCCUAAACCUUGAAAAGAAAGAAGCUGAACCUCUAGCCGAUAAUAAUCUAGCUGAUAAAGACGAUGAAUCUUUAUUCACUUGUCCAGUUUGCUACGACAUUGUAUCUUAUGAGUCUGUUGUCUUAUUCGCAAAUUGCGGUCAUGUUAUCUGCUCUGGUUGUAUCGAUAAAUUCUUUGAAGAAAAUGAUGAUAGUGACGGUGCUAUUGAUGGAAAACGGUCAGCCUCAUGUUUGACAUGUAAUAAAAGAGUCAAAGAAAAUGAGUUGAUUGACUAUAACGUAUUCCAUCUCGUUCACCAUGAGGGUUACGAUCAUGAUCAAGUAAGUGAAUAUUAUACACAACUUUUACAGCCUAGACGUAAAACUACCACUUCCCAAAAGAUCGAUGAGUUAAUAACAUUGAAUAAUGGAUUUUCUACUUCAGCCAAGAUGGAAAGAGCUGUCCAUGUGAUGAAAGAGAUCUUUCAAAAUUCUCCAGAUGAAAAGAUAAUUGUUUUUUCACAAUUCACUGGAACAUUUGAUUUGAUGAAGUUGGUGUUGAAUCACGAGGAAAUUUCAUUCUUAAGGUAUGAUGGAUCAAUGGAUGUUGAUGCUAAAAAUGCUUGUAUUAAAAACUUCUAUCAAGGCGAUAAGAAAGUUUUGUUAUUGUCGUUGAGAGCAGGGAAUGUUGGUCUUACGCUUACGUGUGCAUCACAUGUUAUAAUUAUGGAUCCAUUUUGGAAUCCGUUUGUCGAAGAUCAAGCAAUGGAUAGAGCUCACAGAAUUGGCCAACAGAGAGAGGUUCACGUUUAUCGAAUUUUGAUCCAAAAUACUGUGGAGAGCAGAAUUAUGGAAUUGCAAGAGAAAAAGAAGGAGUUGAUCAAUGCAGCGCUUGAUGAAACAGGUAGACAAGGUAUUAGUCGUCUUGGUAGACAAGAAUUAGGGUUUUUGUUUGGUCUUAACCGUUUAAAUAAUUAGUCCUCUUUUCAAGUUUUAUUUUU